CUUUUCGAUACAAUCAAAGUAGCGAGCGAGCAACUGCGCCCGUUCGUAUCCAUGCGAUUUUCUUUGUUAGGAACAGUUUUUUAAUGCGACCAGUGGUAACAUAUCUUCGCCGGCCGGAACAUUCUGUCUGAGAGCGAGGGGGAGAGAGCUACGCGUGUUCGCCGCUUGUGAGUAGGUUGUUAGAAGGUCCAGAGACUAAAGGUCGUCUGUGUGAAUCACGUUUCAAUUUUCAGUCGAUGAAUGUAGCAGCAGCAGCAGCAAGUUAGAACACCCGGCCAGGAUUGCUGGCGUGUUGUAUCAGUGUGGUUCUACCCCCCUUCUCCCUCUCUCUCUCUCCUCAUGUGUGCUGGUGUAGUUUAAGCCAAGAAGAGAGGAGGAAUUUCGCUAGAAGGGACUUUUUGGAGGCUGUUGAUCACGGAUCUAGAAGGCUUUGUGUGUGUGCGGUGUGUUUCGCUGCUCUAUCGCCACUGGGACAGUCCAGAUCUGGGGAUCUGUGUGCGCGGCAGAGAGAGAGAGAGAGAGAGAAUCUUUGCCGUGUAGGCGAAGGAUUUUUUUUUUGUUGGUGAACAUGUUAUUCUUGUGCCGUCCCGCGUUCGCUUGAUGAAGGGCUGUGUGGAAUUCUAGAGAGUGAGAGACGGAACACGAUAGCGACAAACUUGUUUCUUCUGUGGCCGUGUCUGCUGCGGGGAGGAUGCCCUAGAUGAGGAAGGGAAGAGCGAGCGUUCCUGCAGCCUAUCCUUCCUUUGUGCGGCGGCCGAUCGGGCUGGGGAGCGAGCCAUGAGGUGGGUGCGUGGAUGCGUCUGCUGGGCUCCGUACCUGUGGACGGUGGUGGCCGCCGUCAACGCCGCCCGUCCCCUCCUCCUCACCUUCAACAUCUCGGACACCAGCCUGACCCACCUGGCGGUCCACCAGGGCACCGGCGUGGUCUAUGUGGGAGCGGUGGACAGGAUCUACAAGCUGGCGGGCAACCUGACCUUGCUGAGGUCCCACGUGACGGGUCCGGUGGAUGACAACGAGCGCUGCUACCCUCCGCCCAGCGUGCAGUCCUGCCCCCACCCCCUGGCCCUCACCCGCAACGUCAACAAGCUCCUCCUCAUCGACUACACCCAGAACCGGCUCAUCGCCUGCGGGAGCGCCUUCCAGGGCAUCUGCCAGUUCCUGCGUCUCGAUGACCUCUUCAAGCUCGGGGAGCCUCACCACCGCAAGGAGCACUACCUCUCCAGCGUCAACGAGGCGGCCACCAUGUCGGGGGUGAUCAUUGCCGGCCCCAACGGCACCAACAACAAGCUCUUCAUCGGCACCCCCAUCGACGGCAAGUCCGAAUACUUCCCCACCCUCUCCAGCCGCAAGCUGAUGGUCAACGAGGAGAAUGCGGAGAUGUUCGGCUUUGUCUACCAGGACGAGUUUGUGUCCUCCCAGCUGAAGAUCCCCUCGGACACCCUGUCCAAGUUCCCCGCCUUUGACAUCUACUACAUCUACAGCUUUAGUAGCGAGCAGUUCGUUUACUACCUCACCCUCCAGCUCGACACCCAGUUGACCUCCCCGGAUUCCAGCGGCGAGCAGUUCUUCACGUCCAAGAUCGUCCGGCUCUGCGUGGGCGACCCCAAGUUCUACUCCUACGUGGAGUUCCCCAUCGGCUGCCUGAAGGAUGGCGUGGAGUACCGUCUCAUCCAGGAUGCCUACCUGGCCAAGCCGGGCAAGUAUCUCGCCCGCUCCCUGGGCAUCUCGGAGAAAGAGGACAUCCUCUUCACCGUCUUCUCCCAGGGCCAGAAGAACCGGGUGAAGCCUCCCAAGGAGUCGGCACUUUGCCUUUUCACCCUGGGGAAGAUCAAGGAGAAGAUAAAGGCGAGGAUUCAAUCCUGCUACAGGGGGGAAGGGAAGCUCUCGUUGCCAUGGCUACUCAACAAGGAACUGGACUGCAUUAAUUCCCCCUUGCCAAUCGACGAUGACUUCUGUGGCCAGGACUUCAACCAGCCGCUGGGUGGGACCACGCUGGUGGAGGGGAUCCCUCUCUUCAUCGAUGGCGAAGACGGAAUGACCUCCAUCGCCGCCUACGACUACAGGGGACACUCGGUGGCCUUCUUUGGGACCAGGAGCGGGAAGAUCAAAAAGGUUUUGGUUGACUCAGUGGAGGUCGGAGACCCACUGCUGUACGAGAGCGUGACCAUCGCCGAGGGCAGCCCCAUCGUCCGUGACUUGGUCUUCAGCCCAGACUACCAGUACAUCUACGCCAUGACCGAGAAGAGGGUCAGCCAAAUGCCGGUGGAGAGCUGCGACCAGUAUCGGAGCUGCUUGAGUUGCCUGGACUCCAAGGACCCCCACUGUGGCUGGUGUGUGCUGCACAAUGUAUGCUCCCGCAAGGACAAAUGCAACCGUGCAAAUGAAUAUCAGCGCUUUGCGUCUAACGUGCGGCAGUGCGUGGAGCUCAGUGUGCAACCUAGCAAUAUCUCCGUCACCACCUCCGACGUCCUGUUAAUCCUACAAACCCGCAACGUUCCCGACCUCUCCACCGGUGUCAACUGUUCCUUUGAAGACUUCACGGAGACGGAGGGUCGGAUUAUGGACGGUCGGAUCUACUGUCGUUCCCCCUCUGCCAAAGACAUCGUCCCAAUCACCAGAGGCCACGGAGAUAAGCGAGUGGUGAAGCUGUACCUCAAGUCCAAGGAGACCGGCAAGAAGUUUGUCAGCACGGACUUUGUGUUCUACAACUGCAGUGUCCAUCAGUCUUGCCUCUCCUGCGUUGAUGGCUCCUUCCCCUGUCACUGGUGCAAGUACCGUCACAUAUGCACGCAGAACGCAGCGGACUGUUCCUUCCAGGAGGGUCGCGUGAACAUGUCGGAGGACUGCCCGCAGAUUCUGCCGUCGACGGAGAUCUUCAUUCCCGUCGGGGUGGUCAAACCCAUCACGCUGGCCGCCAAGAACCUCCCGCAGCCACAGUCGGGGCAGAGGAGCUAUGAGUGCAUCUUCAACGUCCAGGGCACCGUGCAUCGAGUGCCCGCACUCCGUUUCAACAGCACCCGGGUCCAGUGCCAGAACACCUCGUACACGUAUGAAAGAAAUGAUAUCAGCGACCUUCCUGUAAAUCUCUCAGUUGUGUGGAAUGGGAACUUUGUCAUCGACAACCCGGCCAACAUUAAAGCUCACCUGUACAAGUGCAUGGCCCUCCGGGAGAGUUGUGGCCUGUGCCUGAAGGCUGACCCGAAGUUCGAGUGCGGUUGGUGCGUGCAGGAUAAGAAGUGCAUGCUCCACGCCGACUGCCAGGCCCCGGGCAGCAACUGGAUGCACCAAAACAGCGGCAACAGCAGAUGCACCGACCCCAGGAUCACCAAGCUGGUGCCAGAGACAGGGCCCAAGGAAGGUGGAACCAGACUCACCAUCACCGGAGUCAACCUGGGCUUGGCCUUCUCUGAGAUCCGAUACGGGGUGCACGUAGGCAGGGUCCGCUGUAACCCCAUCCUAGAGGAGUACAUCAGUGCCGAGCAAAUCGUGUGUGACAUGGAACAAGCCUUGCCCCAGGUGGCUGACAAAGGCUUCGUGGAGGUCUGCGUGGUGGAUUGUAAUGACGACUAUCGGGCCAUCUCAUCGGAACCCUUCACCUUCGUGGCUCCAAAGUUUAACAAGGUGGUCCCCUCGCAAGGGCCAGUAUCCGGUGGCAGCAGAGUGACCAUCAUGGGCGACCACCUAGAUGCCGGAAGUUCCGUGCAGGCAUUCAUUGGAGACCCCGGGAACUGCCGAUUUGAAAGGAGGACUCCAGGGGAGAUCAUCUGUGUGACGUCGGCUUCCACCAAGGGCACGGGUUCAGCCAAUAUCACAGUCAAAAUCAACAGGGCCGUGCUACUAAACCCCACCGUAAUGUACAACUACACUGACGACCCCACCAUCUCCAAAAUUGAACCAGAAUGGAGUAUUUCCAGUGGUGGGACUCCACUCACAGUGACAGGCACCAACCUCGCCACGAUCCAGGAGCCCAGGAUUCGAGCGAAGUACGGCAAAGUGCAGUCGACCAACGAUUGCAGGGUGUUGAACGACACGGCCAUGGUCUGCAGAGCUCCAUCCAUCAUGGGCCCCGACUCCGUCUCUCUGAACAGCCCCGCUCAGCCCGACGAGGUGGGAUUCAUCAUGGACAAUGUCCAGUCUGUGCUAGUCAUCAACGGGACGGGCUUCACCUACCACCCCGACCCCACCUUCGAGAUGCUCAGCCCCACAGGAUCCCUUGAGCUGAAGCCCAGCUCCCCCAUCAUACUCAAGGGCCGCAACCUGAUCCCCAACACGCCGGGCAAUGUCAAGCUGAACUACACGGUGCUGAUCGGGGACAUCCAGUGCGCUCUGACCAUCUCGGAGACGCAACUCCUGUGUGAACCACCCAACCUGACCGGCGAGCACAGAGUCUUGAUCCAGGUGGGAGGGCUGGAGUUUUCCCCUGGGAUCCUGCACAUUUACUCGGACAGCUUGCUGACGUUGCCAGCAGGGUUUGGGAUCGGGGGAGGGGGUCUGCUGCUGCUGCUCAUCAUUGUCAUUGUGCUGAUCGCCUACAAGAGGAAGUCCCGCGAUGCCGACCGCACCCUGAAGCGUCUCCAGCUGCAGAUGGACAACCUGGAGUCUCGGGUGGCCCUGGAAUGCAAGGAAGCUUUUGCGGAGCUGCAGACCGAUAUCCACGAGCUGACCAGUGAUCUCGACGGUGCUGGCAUUCCGUUCCUCGACUACCGGACCUACGCCAUGAGGGUCCUCUUCCCCGGGAUAGAGGACCACCCGGUGCUGAAGGAGAUGGAGGUGACGGCCAACGUGGAGAAGGCUUUGACCCUCUUUGGACAGCUGCUCAACAAGAAGGUCUUCCUGCUGACCUUCAUCCGGACACUGGAGGCCCAGCGCAGCUUCUCCAUGCGUGACCGUGGCAAUGUGGCCUCCCUCAUCAUGACCGCCCUCCAAGGCGAGAUGGAGUACGCCACCGGCGUCCUCAAGCAGCUGCUCUCCGACCUCAUCGAGAAGAACCUGGAGAGCAAGAACCACCCAAAGCUGCUGCUCCGGAGGACAGAAUCAGUUGCAGAGAAGAUGUUAACUAAUUGGUUUACUUUCCUGCUCUACAAGUUCUUGAAGGAGUGUGCGGGGGAGCCUCUCUUCAUGCUCUACUGUGCCAUCAAGCAGCAGAUGGAGAAGGGCCCGAUCGACGCCAUCACGGGUGAGGCUCGCUACUCCCUGAGUGAGGACAAGCUCAUCCGGCAGCAGAUCGACUACAAGACCGUGACGCUGAACUGUGUGAACCCGGACAAUGAGAAUUCGCCGGAGAUCCCGGUGAAGGUGCUGAACUGUGACACGGUGAUGCAGGUGAAGGACAAGUUACUGGACGCGUGCUACAAGGGCGUUCCCUACUCGCAGAGACCCAAGGCAGCGGACAUGGACCUCGAAUGGCGGCAGGGGAGAAUAGCGCGGAUAAUUCUCCAAGACGAAGACGUGACCACGAAGAUCGACAAUGACUGGAAACGUCUGAACACAUUGGCACACUACCAGGUUACAGAUGGAUCGUUGAUAGCACUUGUACCGAAACAGACCUCCGCCUAUAACAUAUCCAACUCCUCCACCUUUACCAAAUCUCUAAGUCGCUACGAGAGCAUGCUGAGGACAGCCAGCAGCCCGGACAGUCUCCGCUCACGGACGCCCAUGAUCACCCCUGACCUGGAGAGUGGCACCAAGCUCUGGCACCUGGUCAAGAACCACGACCACAUGGACCAGAGGGAAGGAGACCGCGGCAGCAAGAUGGUGUCCGAGAUCUACCUGACCCGCCUGCUCGCGACCAAGGGAACCCUGCAGAAGUUUGUGGACGACCUGUUUGAGACGAUCUUCAGCACGGCACACAGAGGCAGUGCCCUCCCUCUGGCCAUCAAGUACAUGUUUGACUUCUUGGACGAGCAGGCGGACAAACACCAGAUCACCGACCAUGACGUCCGGCACACCUGGAAGAGUAACUGUCUACCUCUGCGAUUUUGGGUGAACGUUAUUAAAAAUCCGCAGUUUGUCUUUGACAUUCACAAGAACAGUAUUACCGACGCCUGUCUCUCGGUGGUAGCUCAGACCUUCAUGGACUCCUGUUCCACCUCCGAACACAAGCUGGGCAAAGACUCGCCCUCAAAUAAACUGCUGUACGCAAAGGACAUUCCGAACUAUAAGAACUGGGUGGAGAGGUACUACGCCGACAUCGCCAAGAUGCCCGUGAUUAGCGACCAGGACAUGAGUGCCUACCUGGCCGAACAGUCUCGGCUACACCUAAGCCAGUUCAACAGCAAUAGUGCACUCCACGAGAUCUACACCUACAUCAAUAAGUACAGGGAUGAGAUCUUGUCGACCCUGGAGAAAGACGAACAAGCGAGGAGGCAGAGACUGAGGGGGAAACUGGAUCAAGUGAUCGAUGCAAUGGCUUGCAGCAGCUGAGAACCCGUCAGAGAGGAGAGAUGCAGGAAGGCGGAGAGGAGGGGGGGUUGUGUGGAGAGAGAAAGAGAAAGAGAGAGAGAGAGAGAGAGAUAGAGAGAGAGAGUCUCGUUUGGCACCCAGCGCCCUGGGAUGUUUCUGAGCCCCCUUGCAAGAGCGUUUGGGGGUUUGGGGUUGGGGUGGGAGGUGGGUGGGUGGGGACGGGAGAGAAGCGUAAAUCGAGCAGUGUGCACACCAUGUACAGAAGGGUCGAGGCACCAAAGGGGCACUGCCAUCCCAGUUCCCGCACACAGCAUCCCGCUCCGGCCCCAGCGCCAACACCAAGAGCCGGGGCGGAAAAGGGGGACCUGAUCUCAACCGGAUGCUGGGACCUUUGUUCGGACUGCUGUUUCUUCUGGGGUCUUCUUAACAGUUUAGUGUUACUGCUAAAUUUGCACAAUUUACGAUUUAAGAAAAAAAAAACGGAAGAAAAAAAAAUAGAAAAAAGAGAAA